GUCCUCAUUUUACCUAAAUUAAAUAAUGAAAACAUAUACUAAAGAAAAAAAAAAGUCAGCCUUGGGUCUUUGGCUUUCAUAUUUGCAUGAAAGAAUCUAGAAUGCUACAAGAAAACACAUCAGCCAGUUGCUUAAACAUAACAACAACGUGUACUGAAGAUGGUGCUUCCCAAAGAAAAGGCCAUAGUGCAAGAACCCUUAGCCCAGAAGAAGCUGAGAGACUGGCAAAAGAUCAGGUUGUGGUGUCUGAGUUCAAGCAACUGAAACUAGAGAAAGAGGCACAGAAGAACUGGGAUCUAUUCUACAAAAGAAACAGCACCAACUUCUUCAAAGAUAGGCACUGGACAACCAGAGAGUUUGAAGAGUUAAAAGCAUGUCGGGAGUUUGCAGAUCAGAAACUGACCAUUCUGGAAGCUGGUUGUGGGGUUGGGAACUGCUUGUUUCCACUCCUGGAAGAGGAUCUGCAUAUGUUUGCAUACGCCUGUGAUUUCUCUCCUAGAGCUGUUGAGUAUGUGAAGCAAAAUGCCUUGUACAGCCCAGAAAGGUGUCAAGUGUUCCAGUGCGACCUGACCAGAGAUGAUCUCCUCCAGCACAUACCAGCAGAGUCUGUGGAUGUUGUCACACUGAUAUUUGUGCUGUCUGCCAUUCAUCCUGACAAAAUGCAUCUUGUCUUGAGGAACAUUUACAAGGUAUUGAAACCAGGCAAGUGUGUCCUCUUCAGAGACUAUGGGCUGUACGACCACGCAAUGCUCAGGUUCAAGUCUGGCAGCAAGCUGGGAGAAAACUUUUAUGUUAGACAAGAUGGGACAAGAUCCUACUUUUUCACUGAAGAGUUCUUGUCUCAGCUCUUCAGGGCUGAGGGCUACGAGCAAGUGGCCAACGAGUACGUGCAGCGAGAAACGGUGAACAGGAAAGAAGAGCUGCGUGUCCCCAGGGUCUUCCUUCAAAGCAAGUUCCAAAAGCCUCUCAGUAAGACAUGAAGCUCUAGCUGAUGAGCAACAGCACUGCUUGUGUGGAGUGGAAGCUAGCACAGUUCCUCCCAGUGCACUCAUCUCUGUGGUGAACAAGAGGUGUCUGCAUCCAGUACCUCUUGUUGGUCCUCACCCUCAGAUAUGAAGUAGGAAUGCUUUGUCUCAUUCAAAUCUAAGAUGGUGGAGUGAUGCAGUAUCUUCCUACUUCUAAAGUAAAUCCUGUGCAGCAUUGUUGGAAGAUCAAGUCAAGCAGAUUAAAGAUAGUUUU